AUGACAGAUAGAAGGGUAUCCUACUUCUACAACGCCGAUGUGGGUAACUUUCAUUAUGGCGCGGGACAUCCGAUGAAGCCGCAGCGUCUAGCUGUGACCCAUAGUCUGGUCAUGAACUAUGGCCUUGACAAAAAAAUGAAGAUCUACAGGCCGUACAAAGCCAGCGCACAGGACAUGCUCAGGUUUCACAGCGACGAGUACAUAGCUUACCUGCAGCAAGUCACACCGCAAAACAUUCAGUGCAAUUCUGUCGCCUAUACCAAGUACCUGGCGCAUUUCAGUGUGGGCGAGGAUUGCCCCGUGUUCGAUGGCCUCUUUGACUUUUGCGCCAUGUACACGGGCGCAUCGCUGGAGGGUGCCCAGAAGCUGAAUCACAAUCAUAGCGACAUCUGCAUCAACUGGUCGGGCGGCCUACACCAUGCCAAAAAGUUUGAGGCAUCGGGCUUCUGCUAUGUAAACGACAUCGUGAUUGGCAUUCUGGAGCUGCUGAAGUACCAUCCGCGUGUGCUGUACAUAGACAUCGACGUGCACCAUGGCGAUGGAGUGCAGGAGGCAUUUUAUCUUACGGAUCGGGUGAUGACUGCGUCGUUCCACAAGUAUGGGAACUACUUCUUUCCCGGCACGGGCGACAUGUAUGAGCUGGGAGCGGAGUCUGGUCGAUACUACAGCGUGAAUGUACCGCUCAAGGAGGGCAUUGAUGAUCAGAGCUACUUCCAGGUCUUCAAGCCUAUCAUCUCAGCCAUCAUGGACUUCUAUCGGCCCACGGCAAUCGUGCUGCAGUGCGGCGCAGAUUCACUGGCGGGUGAUCGGCUGGGCUGCUUCUCGCUGAGCACACGCGGCCAUGGCGAGUGCGUGAAGUUUGUGAAGGAACUGAAUGUGCCCACCUUGGUGGUGGGAGGCGGUGGCUAUACGCUACGCAACGUGGCACGCUGCUGGACGCACGAGACCUCGCUGCUGGUGGAUCAGGACAUUGACAACGACCUGCCCGUCACGGAGUACUACGAGUUCUUCGGGCCAGACUUCACCCUACAUCCAGAGAUUAACUCGCGGCAGGACAACGCAAAUUCGAAACAGUAUUUGGAGAUGAUUGUGAAGCAUGUCUAUGAGAACCUGAAAAUGUGCCAGCACUCGCCUAGCGUACAGAUGGUGCAGACGCCGCCCGAUAUGGAUAUCGAGGAGCUGCGCAACAAGGAGGAAACGGAUCCCGACGUACGGAUAUCUCAAACCGAUGAUGACAAAAGUGUGGAGGCAAAGAAUGAGUUCUACGAUGGAGAUCAGGAUCAGGACAAGCCUGAUUCAGCGGAGAGUUGAAUUAACUUACUUAUGUGCUAGUCUAAGGAUGCCGAAUAAGUCCAGAACAACCACAGUAAUAACUUAACAGACUACCAAGUAGAUUUUAAAAUCGACA